UUUUAGGAAAGCUAAGCAAGCCACUGCUUUUUAGGACUUUUCAAGAAAAGGGACACCACCACUGAAUUUGAGAACUGGGAGCAUACGGAGUCCGGCUGGACCAAAAGACAAGACCCUGAAAAUGGGGACUUGAAGGGCCCACCAACAGGGUUUCUAAGCUUUGGGGAUUAGCCAGUUCCUGGCAAACAGCUAGGACUCAAAAGUUUCCUAAGUGAAGAUUUGCACAUUUUACAGAUGAAAAAACAAGACAUAGAGAUUAAUAAAAUUAGGACCCAGUCAAGCCACUUCUCUUUGAUGCAGCACAACACAAAAAGAUCUCCCACCAAGAUAUGGGAUGAAAGACCACAGGCUUCUAGCUCUCCUCAAAAUUGAGAGAUCCUGCAAUGGUUGCAUCCAGAAGAGGGGGAGGAAGGCCCCACACACUGUAGAUAAUCCAGGUUUGGGUUGGAAAACAAGGUUGAAGUUAUUCAUUAGCAGGUGAAGGGGUCAAGGGUCGAGGCAUGGGGGCUGGAAGCGAGUGGACUGAGCAGCCCUCGGUGAAGAGAGCAGUUAAAGCACCAGUUACCCCACGAAGACCACCAGCUCCUUCCCACCUGAAGAUGUUCAAUCAAAUUUGGGCAGCUCUACUCUACCUCUAUGGCAUUCUCCUUGACUCCAUCUAUCAGUGCCCUGAACACAGUCAACUGACAACUCUGGGAGUGGAUGAGAAAGAGUUCCCAGAGCCCCACCUGGGCCAGUGGUACUUUAUCGCAGGGGCAGCUCCCACCAAGGAGGAGUUGGCGACUUUUGACUCUGUGGACAACAUUAUCUUCAACAUGUCUUCUGGUUCUGCCCCACUGCAGCUCCAGCUUCGUGCUACCAUCCGCAUGAAAAAUGGAUUCUGUGUGCCCCGUGAAUGGAUUUAUCACUUGACGGAAGGGAGCACAGACCUCAGAACUGAAGGCCGCCCUGACAUGAAGACUGAGCUCUUUUCCAGCUCAUGCCCAGGUGGAAUUAUGCUGAAAGAGACAGGCCAGGGUUACCAGCGCUUUCUCCUCUACAAUCGCUCACCACACCCUUCUGAGAAGUGUGUGGAAGAAUUCCAGACCCUGACCUCCUGCCUGGACUCCAGAGCCUUCUUACUAACUCCCAGGAAUCAAGAGGCCUGCAAACUGUCCAGUAACUGACCUGUAACUUCAUCCGUGCCCCCAGAACAAUAUAGCGGGAGCUGAGUUGUUGGGGGAAAGAGAAGCUGGAGACUCCUGAUUCCCUUUCAAGGAAAAUAAAGAUGAUUUUUCAAUCC